AUGAGUUGUCCAGUCCCAAACACCCCGGCCACAAAGAAGGUGGCCGCCGGCAAGGGCCGCCGGAAAGUCCAGUUGGUAAAAAUAGUGAACCAAAACAAACUGCAGGUCACUUUCUCCAAGAGACGUGCCGGCUUGUUCAAGAAAGCCAGCGAACUCAGCACCCUUUGUGGGGCCCAGGCUGCCAUCGUCGUUUUCUCCCCCCGAAACAGAGCCCACUCGUUCGGCCACCCGAGUGUCGAUGCCAUUUUAGACAGAUUUCUAAAUGAGAAUCAUAGUUCGCCAGCGGGCAAUGCCGAGAAGCUGCUCGAGGCGAACGUGCACCAACAAGAGGUGGAACUCGUCCAGGUUGAGAGACAGCUGAAGGUCCAUCAGGAGAAGAAGAGUAAGGAUAUUGGAGUCGACGUCAAAAAGCUCGACUAUUACUCACUCUGCCGACUGAAGGAUGCACUAACAAACUUGAUGCGUGAGCUCGAAGCAAAAGUGCAGGCCUCCAUGUACAUCGAGGCUCCACAUGAUGUAUGUAUUGCAUAUGAUCCAACGGCUGAGGACUCUCUACCGGUAAUACCGUACAGUGGGUAA